AUGGACUCUGAAAACCGAGUAAUUCUUAAUGUGGGUGGCGUUCGACAUGAAACCUACACUCAUGUUUUGAAAAAGAUUCCAGCAACAAGAUUAUCAAGAUUAACACCGAAUUUAGCGAAUUACGAUCCAGUUUUAAAUGAAUACUUUUUCGAUCGUCAUCCCGGCGUUUUUUCAAUGAUACUUAAUUAUUAUCGAACGGGAAAAUUACAUUAUCCAACCAAUGUGUGCGGGCCAUUAUUUGAGGAUGAACUAGAGUUUUGGGGAUUAGAUGCAAAUCAAGUUGAGCCGUGCUGUUGGAUGACUUAUACACAACAUAGAGAUACGCAAGAUACAUUGGCAGUGAUCGAAGGAUUAGACUUGGAUGCUGAUCCACCAUCCGAAGAGGAAUUAGCGAAACGUUUCGGUUGGGAAGAUGACUUUUACUCGGGAACGAUGACGAAAUGGCAGAGGUUGAAACCAAAAUUAUGGGCAUUGUUUGAUGAGCCGUGGUCAUCUGAAUAUGCUAGAACUCGUGAGAUGUAUGGGCUUGCUUAUGAAUAUGCUCGCAGUUGCGAUCACGACUAUCGAAAAGCGAAAAUGAUAAACAAACUGGAUCAGCUGGCAGUGGCUGUCAGAAAGGAUCUAAUCGCGACACUUUCGUUUUACGUUGAUUGGGCCGUUGAAAAAGCACUGAGUGGUGCGAAUCGCGAUACAGUGGAAUUCUUUUCAAUAAUUCGUAUUUUGAGAUUAUUCAAGCUAACGCAACAUUCAUCCGAACGUGUUGAACACAAUCCCGACAAUCAGUUUGACUCAAUUCCAGUUGGGGCAAUUAUUACAAUGUGUACGAUUGGAUUCGGUGAUAUGGUUCCAAAAACUUAUUUGGGAAUGCUAGUUGGUUCAAUUUGUGCAUUAAUGGGUGUUCUUACAAUCGCGCUGCCUGUUCCAGUUAUUGUUUCGAAUUUUGCGAUGUUUUACUCACAUGCUCAAGCUAGGUCAAAACUGCCCAAAAAACGUCGUCGCAUCUUACAACCGCACGAAAUCAAACCAAUGGUCGGCAAGACAACGACGGCCGUUCUUCUAAGCGGCUUUACCAACAAAAACGUCGCCUCACCAUUGCAUCAACGUGCAUCACGUCAUGUUCUCAGCAAUUUCGCUGCCACAACUCCUUUACUAGUCUGUCCUCAGGCUGCUAUUUGCACGACUCAGAAGCAUUCCUCAACAAACAAAAAAUUAACACCACAAACAACCAUUAAUCAGAUUCUUUAG